AUGUUCGUCACCCAUGGAUGGCUAUCGAGUGCCCAGGUUGCCUGGGUACAAGCCACCGGCCAGGAUUUACUCACCUUCUUCGACACCAACGUCUGUCUCGUUAAUUGGGAACAGCUAGCCGCGUAUCCUUACGUUAUAGCCGUCUCCAAAACGCUGAUCGUCUCCGGUUACAUGACGGAAUUUAUACGGUUCUUGGAAGCAUCCGGAAUACCGCUAUCGGAAGUUACACUUGUCGGCCAUAGUCUCGGUGCGCAAAUAUCUGGCCAAGUGGGGUACAACUUCCGAGGGCAAAUCGGUCAAAUUUUCGGCCUAGAUCCGGCUGGACCACUGUUCACGGGGGCUCCUUCAUCGUUUCGUUUGGAAAAGACGGAUGCCGAGUACGUGCAGAUGAUUCUCACCUCGAGGGGAACCGCGGGAGUUUUCUUCGGUGAAGGUCACGACAACUUCCUGCCAAAUGGAGGCUUCGUACCGCAACCGAAUUGUGUGACUCGAGAAUCCGGUGAUACCGACAUUGCCUACCAGAUAACCUGCAGUCACUCGCAGGCGCACGUGCUGUUCCGACUGUCUCUAAAUCCGGAUAUUGUCUACCUUGGGCAACAGUGUAGCAGCUACAGCUUGUAUUUGGAUGGGCGCUGUUCGUCGAAUCCGGUGAGCAAGCUGGGAGUCUACAGUGACCGUUUGGGAGGGAACUUUUAUCUGAAGACAUCACCAGAUCCUCCGUACACAGUUUGA